GAUAUAUAGUUUAACUGCAUGUUAUUAAACAUCAUUUUCUCAAAUUUAUCAUUUAUACACUCACUUACUCACCCCCUAAAACUCAUCUCUAAAUGUAAAACCCAACAAUAAGAACUAAUCCUAUGCUUAUAAACUUAAUAUUAGCGUUCAUACUUCUGAUGGGUCGUCGGGUCAGCUCCGACCCGGACCCGCUCCAGGACUACUGCGUAUCUCCUCCUCUUUCACCUCACCAACACAUCUUCCUCAACGGAAAUCUAUGCAAAGAUCCAACAAAAGUCACCGUCUACGACUUCACAACCUCCGCGUUAUCCAAACCCGGAAAUACCGGGGCCAACCCGUUUAUGACCAACGUCACUCUCACUACAACCACCAACCUCCCGGGUCUCAACACAAUGGGCCUAACGAUGGGCAGGCUUGACUUUGGCGCCUCCGGGGUCGUCCCACCGCACGUACACGCACGCGCCUCCGAAGUGACGGUCUGCCUAGACGGUGUGCUUCUGGUCGGGUUCGUGGACACGUCGGGUCGGGUCUUUACCCAGGAGCUUCAUCCGGGUGAGACAUUCAUGUUUCCCAAAGGAUUGAUACAUUUUCUGUAUAACAUCAAUACAGUGAGCUCGGCUUUAGCUGUCUCUGGGCUGACUAGUCAGAAUCCUGGGACACAGUUUGUGUCUAUGGUCUCUUUGGAUUCAAAACUUCAGAUUCCACAAGACGUUUUGAAGAGGCUUUACCAUAUCAAUGACCAGGAAGGAUAUGUUGCUAGUAUCCGCAAAAACCUUGGAGGCUGAUGUUUGUGUUUCAAAACUCCAAUGGUACAAUAAUAUACUUUAUAUCUUGUUGAGGAAAUUGUGGUUAAGUUAUUAACUAAUUGCUAAACUAUGUGUAACUAUAUAUACGACCAAAUCUACAUGUAUAUAUAUUUAAUUGGAAUUAUAUAAUCUUCA